AUGGCCAAUGCUUCACUCGUCGCCCCGCGCCCGCCUCCCCAUGGCGAGUAUACCCUGGAGGCACUACGUCCGAGGAAGAGAUUACAGAAGCCCUGUCUGAAGCAGCCGAAACAACAACCUUCCACUGAUACUACCGGCCCCGCCGCAAGCCCGAGUCCCGUCAAAAGCAAAGCCUCCCGUGGAACGAGAUUAUGGGAUCGGGCACGCACACCACCCCUUCAGACUAUCCCACCUCAGCCUGAUCUGAGCGAUGCGAAGUGGGCGGAUUAUCUUCACCGAUCGCCCUCGAUCGGAUGCCCAGAGCACAAAGAUGGCAUGGUCGACAUAAUACCCGAGUUUGCCCACCUAGGAGUCCACAGAUUAGAGCGAAGGUCGCAGAUGGAGUCUCACUACAGCACACCGGACUCUAUCACCUCGACCGAGUCGGCCAGGCUCCGGACACACGCAAAAACCCCUGUUUUCCGUAUAGGACAGCUUGAGGGCACCGCGGCACGCAUGAAGCGUCAACUCAAACGACAAAGUGCCGAGGUAGGCUCUUUGGACUUUGAACGGUCGACCAAAAGUUCUCCCUGGCGAAGCCCACGCUCAGCACCCCUACCAGGCCUCCGUCACUUGCAGGGGAGGAGCCUACCACCUCUGCCCGGACGCAAACGCAGCCGAAGUGAAUUAACAAUCAGUUCACCCUUGCCCGGAAGAUGGCGCAGUCCGAGUGACUUGACAUCGGUCGACCCACCCCAGGUCGGACGAUGGCGUAGUCCAAGUGAUGUGUCAUCGGUCGACUCGUCCCUGCCCGGACGACAACGCAGUCCGAGUGACUUCUCGUCGGUUGAUUUACCCCCGACCGGAAGGUGGCGCAGUCCAAGUGACCUGUCAUCGGUCGGCUCCGUCCCGAGCGGAAGAUGGCGGAGCCGAAGUGACUUGUCAUCAGUUGGCUCGCCGCCACCCCUCGAACGAGGCGGCCAAUCACCAGUGUCAGAAGCUGGCACGCUCGUCUCAUUUGACGACGAAACCAUUUACUUCAGGCCAACAUCGUUCUGUAUGGAGGAGCCUACAUCAGCCCCGGUGAAACCUUUUGAGCAUCCGAGGGACCCACCCAAAGCACCGAGCAGCCCCGCGCAGACGAGCAUCGGCUUGCAGAUAUGCCUUGAGCUUCUCACUCGAGAACUCUCGUCGACAAUACACGAGAGGGCAAGUCGCUCGUCCAGUACCACCCAGUCCCAACUGCAGGUCUGGGUCAUGAUCGAGGCCUACGAGAGACUGCGGGAACAACUAGUUUCAGAGCAGUCCAUGCGCUUGUCGCCAGACGACUCUCGAGCUGCCGAAACUAUGAUUAACACAUGGCUACGUGCGCUAUGCGCUAUUCAUGAAUCGUUGACGAAGAGGCAACGGACAGGGUGCGGUGACAGCGAUGGUUUGCCAAGAGAGGAUCUUGACUAG